CACUUCACCGUUGCACCCGUUGCAGGCGCACUGCAACCAGGAAGCGGACGACGACGCUUUAUCAGCUGAGACUGGGAUGCGUUGGCGAGCGUGGUGUAAAAGUGAUGAAUUUUGACACCCUUGAGCAGCUGAUUGUUCAUUAGGGGAAGGCCACGCGGGCGGUCAGUCGCUGUGGUGGAGUGCUGUCUGGUGGGUGAGAAGCUUAUUAGUGCGGUUGAAUUAAUUGCCAAGAUUAAUCUGUCACGAUGCAAGUGUCAUCCGUAACGUCGCAAAUGGCUUCCAUGAAGCUGACAGCCCGGCCACCGGUAGAACCGGCGGCUCAGAACGGACACGGCAACGCGAAGGGUGUGUCCGCCGACAACAAGAACACCAACACCAGCACCUCCACCGAGCCGGAAGUCGUCGAUCCGUUCUGCAAUGCGGACAAUCCGCAGAUAAUCACCUUCCAGGACGUAACGUCGGCGGCGUUCAAAAUCAGGAAAGGUGUCGAGCUGACGCCGUGUGUGAAAUCGCACUUCUCCGACCUGAUCGACAUGGACAUCUACCUGAAGAAGGAAUUCCUGCAGUUCACCGGCAGCUUCAAGGAGCGUGGCGCCCGGUACGCGCUGCUAAUGCUAUCGGACGAGCAGAAAAAAACGGGCGUUAUCUCGGCCUCCCUUGGGAAUCAUGCACAGGGCCUGUCCUAUCACGGCUGGAAGCUCGGCAUCCCGGUGACGGUCGUGAUGCCACUGAAGGCAUCGCUGAUGAAAAUUCAGAAAUGCCGUAACUAUCAUGCUAAUGUCGUUGUACAGGGUGCGGACAUGGGCGAGGCAAAGCGGAUUGCACUGAAAAUGGGUCACGACCGGGGGCUUACCUAUAUCAACGGGUACGACCAUCCGCACAUCAUGUCCGGCCAGGGUACGAUCGGGCUGGAGAUCAUCGAGCAGGUCAGCGAUAUUGAUGCGGUCGUCGUACCGGUCGGUGGCGGUGGAUUGAUAGCUGGCGUCGCGACGGCCAUCAAAAAUUUAAGCCCAAAUACCAAAAUCAUCGGUGUCGAGUCGGAGAAGUGUCCCAGUUUUACGCGAGCGCUCGAAAACAAGGGUCCGGUGUUUGUGGCGAACCAGGAAACGCUGGCGGACGGGUUGGCGGUGCCACAGGUUGGGUACAAUGCUUACGCCACGACCGUACCGCUGCUGGACAAAAUGGUCGUCGUUAAGGAGGAAUGGAUUGCACUCGCUAUUUUGCGACUUGUUGAGCUGGAAAAGUGCGUCGUCGAAGGAGCGGGCGCUGCCGGGCUGGCGGCCAUCAUGGCCGGUCAUUUGAAUGAGUUCAUCGGCAAAAGAGUGGUGCUGCUAAUUUGCGGAGGCAAUAUCGAUACGACCAUGUUUGGCAAGUGUCUGGAGCGCGGUAUGGCCGCCGAGGGACGCCUGCAGAGAUUCACCGUCACCGUAAGCGAUGGACCGGGUGGAGUUGCUAAGCUGUGCAAUCUGCUGGCCAGUUUGGGCGUUUCCAUCAAGGAUAUAAUGCACGAACGUGCCUUCAUUCGCGAUAUUCACCAUGUUGAGGUGAAAGUGAUCUGUGAAACACGCGAUUGGGAACAUUCGAAGGAAAUGCGUAAGGUGCUGCAGGAAACAUAUACCAAAGUUCACUUCUACGACAUGCCGAUGGCGAUUACGGAAUAGAAACAUGGUCGUCAACCGUACGCCGUGCACGUUUCCAGACGAUAAGCUGCACAAUUUUCCCUCUCAACGAACGCGCGCUUCCGAUCGGCUUCAUCGCGACUUUCCGCCGUCCGUCGUCGGAAGUGAACCGUGCAUUCCGUGCCGGGCACCGUUUCCGAUAGUUUCAAUAAAUUGACCCUGCACGAACGAAGCUGCCAACCGUGUGUGGGUCUGGUCACAAAUGUA